GUGAAUAUCUAAAUAACGUUUAGAUUAAAGCAGGAAAUUGAAAACUUAGUUUUCCUCAAACGGAAUACAUAAUUUAAACCAUGACUUUUAGUAUGUUAGGUCCAGUAAUCUUUCAUGGCAUGUUCGACAAAUCAAACGAAUUAGUAGUUGUUCCAACACCGGAGGUAACACCAAUAAAAUAUCAAGAUACUGGUCCUGAAAGUAGAUCAAAGAAAGUAAAACUCCAGUUCUUACAGAAAUGUGAGCAAUUCUGGAGAAUCACUUUUGAGUCGGUGCCACGUAGCUUUGGCGAUUGUCCGCAAGUACAAAUAAAUGACAAUAUUGCGACGGGUUUUCGAGUUCUAAGUGAAAAAAAGUACGACAUGGUCCGCCAGUGGUCUCGAUCAUCUAAUUGGAUAAAAAAAAUAUCAUAAUGUGAAAAAUAAUGGAUACGCUUAGGAUUGGUCAAUACGCAUAUCCAUUAAGGGCUUCAAUAAUACUUCAAGAAUUUCGAUGCGUCUUAAACUUAAAAAUGUAAAUAUGUAAGAGUCAAAAGUAAUUGGUUCAUGAGUUUAUACAGAAAGUAAAUUACCAUAAAAUAAAAUUCAGGUUUUUUUUAUAUGUAGGUGGUAUAUGUAGGUGGUA